AUGUCCAGAAACACCGAAAAGAGGUCCAGGUCUAAGGCUGCGUGUGACAGGUGCCGAUCAAGGCGAUCAAAAUGCUCCGGAACAAUACCGUGCCAGGCAUGUGCCAAAACGAGACAUCCGUGCAGGUAUAGCGAGACAAAACGCAAGGCGAUCGUUCUGGAGUCCAAGCUCAAGAGCCUUGAGUAUAAGGCUCUUCAAUAUGACAUCCUUACCAGCUCUAAUUCAAUUGGUGAGCAAUAUAUUUCCGAGGCUCGCCACCAGGAUGUGCCGAACAUCACGCGCACGAGGGCGAUCUCGCUGAUCUUGACUGCGUGUUUCCACACUGGCUUUCCCCUGAGACUCGAUCUUAUGAAGGCCAAAGUUGCCGAGUACUGUAUGCGAGAAGAUGAAGAGGAAGAAGAAGAAGAUCCGUGUAUCGUAUUCCCAGAAACUCUUCCGCAAGAAGAGCGUUGGGUGCCUGCUUUGCUGAUGAUGGUACUUGCAUUGGGAGAGAUCUACGACAAUAGCAACCCGAGACCGAUUGAUUCAAAGGCUGGACUGCCAUUUUUUAUUGCAGCAUGGCGUGCUUUUGAGCAUCUACGAUUGGAGACCCCACAUCCGAUUGAAGCCAUUGAGUUCAUGAACGGGGCCUCAUUCUACUUUCGCGCAAUAGGAGACGAUAUCAACGCACUCACAUAUUCGGGACUGGCCUUACAGAUGUGCAGUAGCACUGGUAUGUUCAGGCGGGAUGAUUUUUCAGAAGAGAGUGAGUUAGAUGAAGAAUCUGUCGAGGUGCAGUACGGACGUGUGGUGUUCUGGACCACAUACAUCAUCAACAGGUUUCUUUCAGUUAAAGAUGCACAGGCGAUGCUUCUAGACAGACAGAUUAUUACUAGACAGUAUCCCUUGAGCUUGGUUUACGGAGAACCAAGCUUGAAAAUGGGCAGACAGCAUCUGAAAUCUUUCUUGCUGAUUGGUCGCUUGGCAGAGGAAGUUAACCAUAUCGUCUAUCAGAAGCAGGGUUCUCUUCAAAAUAGACAGGUCUUCCUGAAGGAUGUAUUGGAGAUGCUGCAGAGGUUAAUUGACUGGAAGAAGUCCAUACCAGACGAUGCCAGUUUGACACACAUGCUUUCGAUGUCUAAUAUGAAAAGGAGACUUGUGUUAACGGUCCAUUUAUUCUACUGUCUUCUGAUUCAGUUGGCUACGGCACCUGUUUUGGUGAAAAUUCUGGAGCGCAAUUACCACCGUUCUAUUCUGUCUGGUCCUCUUCAAAGUGUUAUCAGCAACUGUUUCAGCUCGGCGGGGCUUUCUCUCAACAUUAUAACACAUCUCCACAAGACAGAUAUGUUUGCCAUUCACGGUCCAAGCGAUACGGAUUAUCUUUACCAUACUGCACUUACUUUUGCCAUCUUCCUCGCGAUGGGCUCUGAUGACCCUGAUAUGACGGAGUCCUACAUCCAGUUCUCGCUAGAUCUGCUGCUGACAAUGAGUGAAAGGGGUAAUCGUAAGGCCCGCCACAGAUAUCAGAAUCUCGAGAAGCUGUUCUCCGGUAUAAAGUCAAAGCGGAAGCGUUUGAGUAAGCAGCAGAAGGUCUGCAAGAUCCAGCUUCCGGAUAUAGUACAGGAUACAUCGUUCAUGACACCGCCCCAAAGUUUCAACUUCUUCAGCAAGGAGGAUCUACAGUUCUGGGAGGAUGCUUAUUUGAAUAGUCCUACUGGGGUUAAUGGGGACAAUAUGAUGUGUUCUGCACUGGAGAAAUUUGUAAAAUAG